GCCAAGAAGGACGCGGAGAAAAAGAUGGAGCAUGUGUGUGUUGGAGGGAGGUGAAGCCACAGGGGUCAGCGUGUGUCUUGUCACACUCGAUGGCCGCCGUGCAUCACCAUGCGUCGUGCAUUACAUUUAUUCAGAGGCUACUGGAGAGCCGGGGAGGAUGAUGACGACGUGUUUGUGUGCAGCUCUGGAUAUAAGACGACGUCCCCUACAGGUCAGGGCCGCUCCGACUCGCCGGUCUACACCAACCUCCAGGAGCUGAAGAUCUCUCAGUCCAGCCUGCCACCCAUCCCCUCCAGCUCCCCUCUCCACAUCCUGGGCGACUGGGAGACCCACAAAGACCUGAGCGGCAGGCACUUCUACUACAACCGAGGCUCCGGAGAGAGGACCUGGAAGCCCCCCCGCACCAGGGACACCAGCGGCAGCACCAGCAGCUUCAGGGGAGACAGCCAGGGCACAGCGGAGAGCGAGCCGCUGUCCUCAGAGGAAAACUGUCACAGCACCCACUCCAGUCAGUCUGACAGCCAGUACGGGUCCCCCCCCAGAGGCUGGUCUGAGGAGCUGGAUGAGCAUGGACACACUCUCUACAUCUCUGAACACACACAGGAGAAGUGGAUAAAACAUGUGGAUGAACAAGGCCGGCCCUACUACUACAGCGCUGAUGGAUCCAGGUCAGAAUGGGAACUGCCCAAGUACAACAUGUCCCCUCUGUCCGGGGAGGUUCCCAAGAGUCGCAGUCUGGAGAGGAAGCAGCAGGACCCCAUCGUCCUCACCAAGUGGAGACACAGCACCUACGUCUUAGACCUCAACGACAAGUUCUCUUUCAAACUGUGGCAGUUUUCAUCCGACAAGAGGAGAUUUCGCCUCUCUCUUUACCGUGACAAAGAGUGUGCUCCGGCGCCCAAGCAGAGCCCCCCAGACUCUGACUCCUGCCCCUCAUCUCCUAAGCAUCCCUCGACCCCCUCGGAGAAAUGCGGAGUUCUCAAUGUCACCAAAAUCACGGAGAAUGGAAAGAAAGUCAGGAAGAACUGGACCUCCUCGUGGACAGUGCUGCAGGGGUACUCUCUCCUCUUUGCAAAGGGUCAGGGGGGCAGCACCAGCUGGUCUUACUACCGCAGCGGCUCCAUCCCUGAGCUGCUCCUCACUCUCCUUAGCAACUGGAAGCGCUCAGUGAAGCCCCGCCCUGCUGUCUCCUAUGUGAACUGUAGGCCUGUGCAGGCUGCCGCUAAGUUUGGGGGCAACCAGUCCAAGCCGGAGUUCACUGUGGAUCUGCGGGGGGGGUCGGUGGACUGGGCCUCUAAGGACAAGUCGAGCAAGAAACACGUCAUCGAGCUGAAGACUAGACAAGGAACAGAGCUGCUGAUCCAGUCAGAGAUCGACAGCGUAAUCAACGACUGGUACCGGGCCCUCACAGAGACCAUCAACACACACGCCUGGGAGUCGGAUGAGGCUAUUGAGGAGGACAUGCCUGAGUCCCCAGGAGCUGAGAAGCAGGACAAGGAGAAGGACCACCGGGACUCCAAGAAGAACAGAGUGAUGAAGACCUCUGUGAGUAUGGACUCAUCAGACCAGAAGAAAACCAGGUUGAAGCUCAAGAAGUUCCUGACGCGUCGACCCACAUAUCAGGCUGUACGAGACAAGGGAUACAUCAAAGACCAGGUGUUUGGCUGCAGUCUGACCAGUCUGUGCCAGAGGGAGAACACAUCGGUACCCAACUUUGUCACCAUGUGCAUCGACCAUGUGGAGAACACAGGUCUCGGUGUUGACGGCUUAUACAGAGUGAGCGGGAACCUGGCAGUGAUCCAGAAGCUGCGCUUUGCUGUGAAUCAUGAUGAGACAUUGGAUCUGAAUGACAGUAAGUGGGAGGACAUCCACGUCUGCACCGGAGCUCUGAAGAUGUUCUUCAGGGAGCUUCCCGAGCCGCUCUUCACGUACGGGUCCUUCGAAGACUUUGUGGAGGCCAUCAAAUCCUCUGACUACAACCAGCGAGUGAACUCAAUCAAAGACUUGAUAAAUAAGUUGCCAAAACCCAACCACGAUACAAUGCAAGGCCUCUUCGAACACCUGCGGAGGGUAAUUGAUCACGGGGAGGCCAACCGCAUGACCACCCAGAGCGUGGCCAUCGUGUUCGGACCCACGCUGCUCCGGCCCGAGACCGAGACGGGCAACAUCGCGGUCCACAUGGUGUACCAGAACCAGAUAGUGGAGCUCAUACUGCUCGAGUACGAAAGCAUCUUCGGCAGGUAGAGGCACUCAGAAUACGUGCCGGACUUUCAAAUCAUGGACUUCUUUUUCCUUCCCCCCCUUUUUUCUUUGACUGAACUGAACAUUGCUGUGGACCAAGCAGUUGGGAGAGAGAAAAAAUGACCUCCAUUGACAGGACAGUUUUUCAAAAGUGUUGCACUUACAGAAGUUUUGGAGAUGAAUAAAAUAAUAAAAGGUGUACAGAUUUCACCUGCUUCUUCGCAGGCCGGACAAUGGACAGUGUUUGGAAGUGAUGACGUCCGUGUCCUUUUGGUGGAUUUGAGUAUUCAGGUGUUUUCGCAUACACUGGAUCCCUGUGGCCAGUAUUUCAAACGGGGGGGGGGAACCCUUCGCCUCCUGGUGGAGCCGACCAGACUUUGGCCCACCGCGGGGGUGCGUGGCAUUAUUAGCCAAACCUCAUCACCUCGGAACGAGCUGAAUCUGAACUGGAUAGGUUGUUUGUUUUGUCUGUGUCGUGGAGCUUCGUCUGUGAUGUACAAACCAUGUGUGGUUUUGGAUCAGGUGGUAAAAAAAAUAAUCAGUGUUAUGUUAACGAACUGUCUUUUUUGGCACUUGGAUGAACUGGAGUUACAGAUCGUGUCCCCAACUUACCUUAAUGAGACCGUCACGCCCUGUCCCUCACCCCACCUCCUCCCCACACGUUCCCUCACCCACCUCCUCCCCCCCCCUUUUCAGCCAGUGUAAACCAUUAACCCUGUGACUUGCGCGUCCUGUGACUUGAAUGAAUGAGGACAAACCCUCCGUCUGUGUGUGAGAGUGAGUGAAUUAACCUAUAUGGAAUAAAACCUGAGCAGAAGCAUCCUCGCCUUGCCACUUUGUACAAACUGUGUGUCGUGUAGUCUUACGUGCUUUGGUAAAGUUUCCGUUAAGCUGCCGGCGGUCAUCGUCUGUGCUCCUUUUGUCCUGGUGUUACUGGAAAAAAGUGGAUUUCUGGGGGGAAUGCAAUGUUACCAAUUUGUUCAUGAAUUGUCUCUAACAUUCGGCUUGAUGACCCUUCUCUUCGCCUAAGCUAAUAUUAAAGAGUAUUCAGAGAAGGGAAAAGGUACUGAGAAUAAGUCUAAGCUUGAUGUAUGGAAGCGUGUGGGUGUUCAAAUGAAAAGAAGAGCCUUUAAAAAAAAAACUUGCAGAGCAUAUGUACAGCGACAGAAGCUAGUUGUUUAAAAUGUGUUAUAGUGACUGAGGUAUGUAUGCUUUGAUGGUGAACUAGUGAAAGAUUUUGAUUUUGUAAAUUUGAAUUAAAAAAAUAUGACUAUACACAGAUUGUGAAAAAACAAAUACAUGAUCGACUGUUAUUUUUGUUUGAAGGUGUACCUGGAGUGUUUUGCGCAUGGUCAGCUGCACAUUUUGAAUGUAAUUUCCAGGCUAACUGCUGUUUGUGAAACUGCUAUGUCUAAUAAAAAGACAAACUAAAUGUUCA